UUUUAGGGUCCUCAGUGCAGCGAUUUGCCUCUGCGACAAUCUCAAAGCGACGUUGGUGAUCAGUACAAUUCCGCGGAGGAGUAAUACUGAGCCGGCCAAACCGCUCGCUAUGGCACCAAACAGGAAGAAAAAGAAGCCGGCGGCCAAUGCCGCUCGAGGAUUCGCUACCACUUCCCUCCCUUCCAAGGCCAAAGUGACCGAGCAGUCUAGCGAGGCAACAGCGCAGGAAGAUGGCAAUGCUGCAAAUUCAGUCCAACCAACUGAUGCUCCGAGCAAGGAUAAGGGUCUCAGUCGACCAUCUAAUGGGGCGCCCGACGCCGACAUCAAAGAUAUGAACCCCGAGCAACUGGACGCCCAUCUUGAAAAUUCGGAACUCGAGGCGCUCGUGGAAAAGUAUGCAGCACGAUCAAUCGCCGAUGCCAACCGGCAGGUUGCGAAACUCGAAACAGAGCGUCGACAGCUACGCUCCCAGGCGUACAGGCUGUCCACGUACCCAUGGUUGAGUGACGAAACCGUUGACGACCUCUUGCGCCUGAAUGGCCCCGCCACAGCGUACGAUGCUCCGGCUGGUGGUACCGCGCAGGUGCAAGACGAGGAGAAGCUCUUGGCUGACCUCUGGACCUUGGAACGAGUUUUGGAAUCGUUGAAACUGCCUAGGGUGGCUGAAGCAGUCUCGCACGUUGCUGUAUUAGCCACCUUGGGUAGGCUUGACAUCAGCAGUGACUCUCUGCCUGGACUACAAGAGGCUUUUGAGUGGUACGCCUCCGCCACUGACCCUGACGAAUUGCCCAGUUAUGAAGCGGUUCAAGGAAACAAACCCAACAGGAGUGGCGACAGUACGCCCCUGCAACCAAUUUCAGAGCCCACGACAGCUAUUCAGAGCAGGCAAAGCCCCGCAAGCACACCGAUGAAUGGGUCGGAGCCUGAAGAAGAAUCAUCAUCCGAGAUUUCGUCCGAUAGCGACGAAGACAAUGAUCCUGCGAAACUUGUUGAAAAAUUCAUUCGCCUGCAGCGCUUGAUCUGGGAAGCCCAGAAACUAGAGCCGAGACAGAAUCAGAAGACCUCUAUGAGAAACCAGAAGCGUGUGUCUAAGUUGACCCAGAAAGUCCAACAACUACGCCGGGAUCCCUUGUUUGACGACUACGAAGCCGAAGCAGCCUGGAGCCAAAUCCACGUUGAAUUGCAGGCAGAUCACCAGCAUCAACUGAGAGAAAGAGCCAGGAAUCGCCGUGCGCAAAAGCCUGAAGAGACGCAAGAACCGAAUGGCACAGAGUCAGAACAGGCGGCACCUCCUCGUGAACAAGAAAAUGUGUCUGUUGAAGAGCCGGAGACUUCCGCCGAAGCCGACGACGAAUUGUUAGGCGGGAUGUUCGAGGCCGGCGAUGAAGCUGUUUCCACUGAGCAAGAUGGUUCGGACAAGCAACAGGUCAAACUGAUUGAUUUCGGCAAGUGGACCGGAGUAUCUCCGCGCAAGCUCCUCGACGACAUAUGCAAGGGCCAUGAUUCGCGGGCACGGAUUUCGUUACGGACACUACACCAGACGUCGCAAUCGGCCAGACACAGUCUGGACAUUUCUUGGACCAUCGACGUCCUCCCGGGACCUCAUACCACGAACGCACUACCAUCCGAGGUGACAGUACAAACGGAUCCGCGCCUGUGGAAGUUGGAAAUGGUCAGCAUGGCUGCAGCGAGCAGUGCGCAGUCCGAGGCGUACGUGUGUGCACUAGGGCUGUUUCUUGUGUCGUCUCUAGGCGCGAAGGAGCUGAAGGCGACGAGUCGUCUUCCCACGGUUUGGAGAGACCUGCUUAAGGAUCUAACGGACUCGAAACAAAAAUUGAUUGACGAAGAGCACAAACAAAGUCUCCGUCGAAUUCGUGGCCUUAUACAUGAAACACAAGAGAAAAUAAAGGCAAAUCAGGAACAGGUUCGAUUACAGCACGCAGAACGGCCUCGGCAGUCAGAUGCUCUAGUCGAUCGGCGGCGGACACAACGUCCCAAACCAGCGAGAUGGGACCCGGACACAGUCUCCAGAGAAUGGGAAAUGCGAAGCUCGCGACCUGCGUUCAAAAGCAUGCUCGAAGUCCGCCGUCAGCUUCCCGUCCACCAGUUUAGAGAUAUGAUCCUUUCAUGCGUGACUGACAACGCGGUCAGCGUGAUUUGUGCCGAGACAGGUGCCGGCAAGUCUUCCGGCAUACCCGUGUUGCUGUUAGAGCAGGAGUUCAUCCAGGGCCGAGACUGCCGCAUCCUCGUCACGCAACCGCGGAGAAUCUCGGCCGUGACGCUCGCGAGGCGUGUGUCACAAGAACUGGGGGAGGCUCGAAACGACCUUGGCACGGCCAGGUCUCUUGUUGGGUACGCGAUCCGGCUGGAGUCCAAGACGAGCAAUACCACGCGCAUCACGUACGCCACGACCGGCGUGCUGCUGAGGAUGCUCGAGGAGUCACCCGACCUGGACGAGCUCGACUUUUUGAUCCUGGACGAGGUCCACGAGCGCACCAUGGAUUUGGAUCUGCUGUUUAUCGCGCUGAAGAAACUGCAGAAAAGGCGGAGCACGCUGAAAAUCGUGCUGAUGUCGGCGACCGUGGAUGCGAAGAAGUUCUCGGAUUACUUUGGUGGUGCGCCCGUGUUGGAUCUUCCGGGGCGGACGUUCCCCGUUGAAGUCGGGUUCCUCGAAGACGCCGUGGAAGCAACAAACGACGUGAAGGGGGACAAGGCAUUGGCCACCAUACAAGACGACGACAACCAAGACGAGUUCUUCUCCGGCAACGAAAAGGGACGGCCGGUCGUGACCAACCCAGAAGCAUACAGUAGCAGGACACUACAAAUCUUGUCCAACAUGGACGAAUAUCGCAUCGACUACAACCUGAUCGUCAAGCUUGCGGCAGCUAUUGCCACGAAACCAAAACUGGCCAAGUACAGCAGCGCGAUUCUCAUCUUCAUGCCGGGGAUUGGCGAGAUGCGGCGCCUGCACAAUCUCUUAGUGUCGGUGGACACAUUUGCCAGGGACUGGGUAGUCUAUCUUUUGCAUUCGACAUUCUCCACCGAAGACCUAGAAAAGGCAUUUGAGCGACCACCUCCAGGAUGCCGCAAGAUCGUGAUUGCCACCAACAUCGCCGAAACGGGAAUCACGAUUCCGGACGUGACGGCCGUGAUCGACACAUGCAAGGAGAAAGUAAUGCGGUUCGACGAAAGACGUCAGUUAUCUCGGUUGACAGAAGGCUUUAUCUCGCGAUCUUCGGCACGCCAGCGACGCGGCCGCGCCGCUCGAGUCCAAGAGGGUCUCUGUUACCAUCUGGUCACGAGACAUCGACACGACCAUCAAAUGCUGGAACAACAGGUGCCCGAGAUGUUACGACUGGGACUACAGGAUCCGAUCCUCCGCAUCAAAGUGUGGGAUCUGGGCUCGAUUGAAGAGACUCUCAAUGCGGCCAUUGACCCGCCAUCCAGAAAAAAUGUGUUGCGGGCCAUUGAGAAGCUCAAGGACGCAGGGGCGCUGACCAAGACAGAGGCCCUGACUCCCUUGGGCCAGCAGAUUGCCCGGCUACCGCUCGAAGUGUCGUUGGCCAAGUUGGCUAUUUUCGGCGUCAUUUUCAAAUGCUUGGACCCAAUCCUGGCCAUUAUUGCAUUGUUGACUUCGAAAUCUCCGUUUGUGUCCUCAUCUUCUGGAGCUUCCUCGUCCCAAGCAGGGGAUGCCCGACAGACAUUCAGCCGCGGCGACUCAGAUCUCCUAUCAUCCUACAACGCCUACGAAGCAUGGCGAAGAGCGAGAGUCGCCCGGUCCGCGCACGAGUUUUGUCGCAAGAACCAUAUCUCCGACCAAGCCAUGGCGCAGAUCGAAGACCAGAGGAUUCAAUUACUUGUGUAUCUCGUCGACGCGGGAAUGGUGAUCUUAUCGGGCGAAGAAAAAGCCGCUUUGAACCGUGCCAGAACAUCGUCGGCGCGCGCCGGAUCUGGAUUCGGAUCCGGAGGCUCCUUCUACACCAUUCCGCCACGUUAUCAAACUCAAGACCAUCCGGACAGAGCACUCAAUUCUCUCAUCGCCAUGGCCGUCUAUCCUCGCAUCUUGACCCGUGAAGGCAAAGGCUGGCGCAACGUCUACACGAACCAGCAGGUAUCGUUGACCGCGCGCUCCGUCAAUCAUCCCAGCAACAGCCCCAAACCGCCGCGGUGGCUGUCCUUCUACGAGGCCAUGCAGAACAGCCGCAGUGGCAAUUUGAACGUUUUUGAGACCUCGGCGGUCCCGGAGUCCGCAUUGGCGUUGUUGCUCGGCAGCGACACCGAGUUCAAAUUCUACGCUGGCGUCCUGGUCUUGGAUUCCGGUAAAGUCAAGCUCGCGGUCAGGCAUUGGCGACAGUUGAUGGCUGUCAAGGUCCUUCGUGAGAAUAUUCGUCGCGUCCUUGAGAGUUGUUGUUACAAGAGGCCUGGGCAGGAGGUGCCAGAGGAUCAGCGGAUAUGGUUGGAUUUCUGGUUGAGUCUCGAGGCUGCGGCAGCCGCUGCUCAGGAGUGAGAUAGUAGUAGCGAAGCUAGAACAAUAAUAUGAUCCUAACCCUUGUUGGUGGAUACAUCCCACACCCUCGCAAGCCACA